AGACUUUUCAGUGUACUAUAUAGUGAUAGAAAAUCUUUUAACUUUGGAAUUAAACCACUGUGUUAAUCAAACCCCACUAUGUUAUAACUUGUUGGAGAGAGAAAAAUCUCACAGAAUGUGUGACUGAGGUAGCAGAAGAAAGCCCUGAAAAAAAGGAAAAGUUUCUAAUCUUUGAAGGUCUAAGCAGAGUGAUUCAUCCACUGCUACAAGAAGCAGGAUCGAGUUGUGAUAAUCUUUGAAAUGGAGGAAGUGAUUGGAGCCAGAUUGUACUGUUGCUCUAAUUGUAGAAACCAUGUUGCUCUUCACGAUGAUGUGAUUUCUAAGGCUUUUCAGGGGAAAAGUGGAAGAGCUUUUCUGUUUGGUCAUGCAUUGAAUAUUAGUGUGGGAUCAAAAGAAGACAGAGAACUAAUGACUGGUCUUCACACUGUGGCUGAUGUCUACUGUUCUGACUGCCAUCAAGUUCUUGGUUGGAAGUAUGAGAGAGCCUAUGAGGAAUCUCAGAAGUACAAAGAAGGAAAGUUUGUUCUUGAGAAGGCUAAAAUUGUCAGGGAAAACUGCUAGUACCUUCUCCAUAUUGUAAGCAUUUGAAAGUGCUUGUUAUGUGUUUGUGUAUAUGCUCAUUUCACCAUUUUUUUGUUGCUUGCUGUUUAUUCUCUCAAGUUGUGACUCAUCAUGAAAAGAGUAUAUUGAAAAUCCACGUUAUUGAAGACAGUAACAUUUUGAUUGAUCAAAUUGAAGAUGAUUUGGGAGGAUUUCACAAAUUGCCUGGGAAUAUCAAGUUGGAAGAAGGUAUAAUAAUUUGGAUAUGUUGUUUUAUGCAUCUUGGACCAGCUUGGGGAACCUUGGUGAUGCGAUCAUCAAUCACUUUUUCUUUUCCAUGGAAACAGUUUCAAUUUAAAAUAAAAUCUAAGAAGUUUUUUUUUC